UAUGCGCUGCGAUGCCCUUCUGCAGCCCACGCGUCUCAACUAUGGUGAAUUUUGGUGAAAUAUGAGAGACUCGGGAAGAUCCGGCUGCUCUACUACUGUUGAUCGUGAUGAGAUAACAGCCGCCGGAGAACUCAGUAACAUAAGGGAAGAAGGACAGAUUUAAAGGAAUGGACUCACGACCUCACGGCACCUUGUAAGAAGAGACAAACUGGAUAAACAUACGUGCGUCAGCACACCGACAGAAUCAGGAGCCGGAGUUUGGGGUGAUAUAUGGCUGACAGGGAGGAGCUGCUUUGACCGUGGAGGCUGACUUUUGACCAGGCACUGCUGCUAGGUCUGUGGUCUAGCCUGACACGUGCCAGAGGAGGAAGCUUGCUAAAGGCAUAUCUGCCUGUGCCAGAAUCCACCAGUGCGUGGAGGCUUUCUCUUCUCCUGGCCGACUUGGCCCCACCCUAUCUGAAUCCUGCAGGACCCAUCUCCUUCCAGCAUGACGGUUGCUACCAGCGACACUUUGGAUGAAGCAGCAGCACAACCAGGUCAGCCUCAUGACCAGUACGACCCAGAGCCGGAUCAUGACUGCUGUGAGAGGGUCGUCAUCAACAUUUCAGGCUUGCGCUUUGAGACGCAGCUUAAAACUCUCUCUCAAUUUCCAGAGACGCUGCUUGGGGAUCCUAAGAAACGGAUGAGGUAUUUUGAUCCUCUCCGGAAUGAAUACUUUUUUGACCGGAAUCGACCCAGUUUUGAUGCUAUUUUGUAUUACUACCAAUCAGGAGGGAGACUGCGCCGGCCUGUUAAUGUGACACUGGACAUUUUUUCUGAGGAGAUCCGGUUUUAUGAAUUGGGUGAGGAGGCUAUGGAAAUCUUCAGGGAGGAUGAAGGUUUUAUAAAAGAGGAGGAGAGGCCUCUGCCAGAGAAUGAGUUUCAGAGACAAGUAUGGCUGCUUUUUGAGUAUCCAGAGAGCUCAGGUCCUGCUCGCAUCAUUGCCAUCAUCUCUGUCAUGGUGAUUCUUAUCUCUAUCGUAAGCUUUUGUCUGGAGACGCUGCCUGUUUUCCGAAAUGAUGAAGAGGAGAUGCACAACUAUCCAGUCCAGUCCAUGUCUAAUGCCACCUAUAUCUAUGAAGUUUCAAAUUAUUUUACAGAUCCUUUCUUUAUUGUGGAGACCCUCUGCAUCAUCUGGUUCUCCUUUGAGUUCCUAGUGAGGUUUUUCGCCUGUCCAAGUAAAGCUGGAUUUUUUGGGAACAUCAUGAACAUUAUUGAUAUCGUGGCGAUCAUCCCCUACUUCAUCACCCUGGGCACAGAGCUUGCAGAGAAGCCUGAGGACAGAGAGACAGGGCAGCAGGCUAUGUCUUUGGCUAUUCUUCGUGUCAUUCGUCUGGUCAGGGUGUUUCGUAUCUUCAAACUCUCACGCCACUCCAAGGGGCUGCAGAUCCUGGGACAGACUCUGAAGGCUAGUAUGCGAGAGCUAGGCCUCCUAAUCUUCUUCCUGUUUAUUGGUGUGAUCCUCUUCUCAAGUGCCGUGUUCUUCGCGGAAGCAGACGAGCCAAAUUCCCAGUUCAGCAGUAUCCCAGAGGCCUUCUGGUGGGCAGUUGUGUCGAUGACCACAGUGGGCUAUGGAGACAUGGUCCCAACAACCAUCGGAGGAAAGAUUGUGGGCUCUCUUUGUGCUAUCGCUGGCGUGCUGACUAUUGCCCUGCCUGUACCCGUCAUUGUGUCAAACUUCAACUACUUCUACCACAGAGAGACGGAGGGCGAAGAGCAGGCACAGUAUCUGAAUAGCCCAAGUGUGCCUAAAGCCAGCUCAGCCGACGAUCUGAAGAAGUGCGGUCGGAGUGGCAGUGGAUCCACGCUCAGUAAGUCGGACUAUGUGGAGAUCCAAGAGGCUGUGAACCACAGCACUGAUGACUUCAGACCAGAGGCCAUGAAAACAGGGAACUGUACCCUGGCCAACACAAACUAUGUCAACAUCACUAAGAUGCGUACAGAUGUAUAAUGUAAGCUGCUGUAGAUGGUUUACUUGAGCCGGGGUCUACAAGGACUAUAACUGGAGGAUGUAGGUGUGACUCCUUGUAUUGACCAUAAGACGCCCUCUUUGGGUGUCUAGAGCAGAAGGAAGGGAUUAUGUUUGAUUGUAUGGAGGACUUUAUGUUCUCUGACAUUCCAAGGCCCAUACUAUCGAUCUGCCACUCGUCUUAUUUAGGACAUUGUCAGUGUCUGCAUGGAGAUAGUCUUACCAGUGUGCCAGUAGUCAUUCUGCGCGCAACAUUAGCCACGUAGUAGCCUAAUAAGUAAUAAUUGAUAAUAGCAUAAGGAAACACUCUUGCUCAGACUGCCGCCGUGGAAGAAAAUGCACGAUAAAAAAUUACUGAGAUCAACAUACAUUUGACUUUUAGAUGUAACUUUACAUAUUCAGUUGUGAUUAAUAACAGACCAUACUAUCAGCAUUCCUGAGCAACUUUAAUCUGCUGCUGUAACUGCCAAGGUCCUGACUCAGAGAAAAACCAAAUCAAUGAUAUCGCAGCUGUUCUGUCGGGGGAAAACUGAAUUACAAACAGAAAGCAAGAGAGCAAUACUAAUGUUUUUUGUCUGAGAAGAGGCCUGAGGGUAUGAGCACUCCUCCCUUGGCCCUUACUAGAUAUUAGUCUAGUACAAUCUCUGUAGAGACCAACAGAUAAAGGACAGUGAUGUGCUGUAAUUCUGUAAUUUCCCCCCCCAUUACAGACCACCUUUUUAUCCUGCAAUUUUUCCAUGAUGAUGUCCAAGCGUACAGUGUGUGCACACUCUCGCUAUGGCUCUGCCUAUUUUUCUUAACAGCCAGUGCAGGCUAGAAGAAAUGUCCAAACAAAGGGAAAGCCUCAUCAUUUAGUUUUGUGUGCUCAUUUGAUUUGAUGCAUUGUGUUCAUUUUUAGCAAUAUGAUGAUUGUCUGCUUGUCAAUUACAUUUUUUUUUUACAGUUUUACAAAGAAACAUGGUGAAUGUUUCCUCUGUAGUUUUCCGAGUGAGUGCCUAUUUCUCCGUUAGUCGUUUAACGGCACCUUCAAGUGUCUCUUCAAGCAUCACCCAGGUGCACUGCGAAAGACAUGCAGUGAGUAAUGUCUGGUUUGAUGCUGUUCUUGCAUUCCAUGUUUUUAGAAAAAAAUUCAAUGAGGUUAAAGAGAAAUUGAUUCCCUGAGAUUAAGGAGAGAAAACAGUGAGAUUUUAAUACUGUAGUUUCAUCUAUGAAUAGUUAAGGGUUUCAGGACUCAAAAUGUCCCAAUGGGGAUUCUAAAAGUUGAUUAUCAAAGGAAGAGCUCAGUUUUCAAUUCAAAUGACCUUUAGGGGCCAUCUACUGCCAGUUUUGCUGAAAAAAGAAAAUCCCAGCAUUCACAUUCAUCACUGUGCUAUGGUUAUUCCAGGAGCAUGGUUCAUCAAAAUGCCCUUAAAAACGAAAUGAAUGUUCAAUUCAAGCCUGUAGUGCCCUCUUUCUUAUAUAUCCCCAACUUAAACAAAAAGUCAAAAUAAGUCAGCUGUGCCUGCCUUUCAAUGUACCUUCCCUGUUAGAUUGAAUUGCAACAAGUGUCUUCAAUCUCAAUUAUCAGGUCAGGUGGACAAUUGUGCUGAACCCUGGUACACCAGUUCUGUGUUGUUUGACUUUUAUCUCAUUAUUUUAUUUUCAAUCUUAUGGUAUCUGAAAAUCAUUCCGUUGGCACAUAUCUCCUAUAAUUCAGGACCUAAGCAACAUGUUUUUCAUCGGCUUUAUAUCUAACAGAUGCUUUUCUGCUAUCGUUAAACUGCAUGUCCAUCAAAGUAUUCAUUGUAGCAUGAAUAUAUGAAUAAUUCUUUAGAAGCAAACCGACAUGCAUAUACUCCUAUAUCUCUAGAGGUACUAAUACUAAUGUGCAAUAUACUGUAUGAAAGACAAGUCUUGUUUUAGAAGUAUGUGUCAAGCUUUGCAUAACGCAUCAUCUUUGCCAUUGCUGUCUGAAAUACUGUUGUCAUGAUACAUGUGAAGUAUUUACCCAAAGAGGGGUUAUGUGUCCAGGAAAAGAUUUGUUAGAAAGGAUUGAGAAAGGAGCUGCAGAAGAGGGAAGAGAAAACCAGACUCACUCCAAAACACAGAAAGCCGAAGCAGCUAUCUGUUCCAUAGGUCAGUAUCCUGCUGCCUUCAGCUUUAAUGUCUUUAGAUUCAGUUACAAUCACAACCCAGCAGCUGUAUAUCGCAGUGAAAGCACAAGAUCUGCUGCUAGUACAGUUGAUGCACAGGGAUUCAAAUCGACAGACUUUUUGCUCAGCCAAGUGUAUCAUUAAGCUCCAAGGGACUGUCUGAGUGCCAUUAUCACUGAUGUAUAGGCCCAUCACGCUGUGUGUAAUGUUGUCUGUGUACAGUUACUAUGUUUAUGUGUGUGUGUGUGAUAGAAAGAGAUUGUGAGAGAAACAAAGAGCUUUUAUGUACACACAAGCUGAGGGUGAAAGCUUAAGGAACAAUGUGGGUGCAGUCUUAAAAAAACGCUCCUCUUGACUCCAGGCCAGAACGAUAUGGUGCUCUGUAUAUUCUAUUCUAAUUUAGCGUAGGCUACCUUUUACUGCCUGUGAAUAUACUAAAGAAGGGCAUGUAGUAUAUCAAACUAAGAAACGAGGGAAUGUGGAUAAGCUGCUGUAACUGCCAGGGACAGAUACUUGGAAUUGAAAUAAUGGUUGGAGGUUUAUGUGAUAGUGAAAGAUAAGCACUGCCCACACCUUCUUUUGCUUUGUUCUCUGAUGUGUACUUUUCUAAACUGUUCUCUUGUACUGGAACACCUAUGUGACUUUAUGUGGCUUGAAACCUUCGUCUGUACUGCCGUCUUUUCCACUCUUGUUAUCAAGCACAUUAUCGAAACAACACUGUAUCAGGACGCAAACCCUCUCCUGGAAAGUUAAAACUGCAGGACGGUACAUCAGGACAAUCUGAUCCAAGGAAAACAUGUAUUCGCUGUAUGACACAACACUGACAAGAGGACUUUUCAAACACACACCGGAUACUGUUACAUGCAUAGCUGGUGUACACACUUGUGUACACACACUGCCUGACCAUACACCUUUGUGGCCACUUCUGCUGGAAAAACAGACAUCACCGGUUCUAUCAAACUUAAAAGGCCACACAGUGAACAGACUUCUAUCCACUACCGGUGGUGAAAAACACGUAGCCAUGUAGACAAUGUAUUCAAGAGUAACAGCUGCUUUCAAUGAUGUCUUAAAAGCUUCAGCUUUAAAAUGAGCUUCUGCCGUGUACAGAUCGCUGUGUAGCAGGGAAUCAAAGUGUAUGCUUGCUGAAUUAAUCAAAGAAACUAAACGUGUAUCGUCUGUGAAUGAUGUCUUAGGUUUAAUAUGCUCCAGGGACGAAAGGUGGGAGUGUAUGACAUAUAAUCGAAGAAGAAAUAUGAUUUCUAUGAGAACUUUAACUUAUUUGUGUCAUCAGACACUGUAUGUAUUAUAGAUAAACUUGUUUUUUUUCACUAUGUUAUUUUCUAUUUGAAUGUUAUUCUUGCUCAGCUGGAGCUGCAGGAGCUGAGGUUUGAAUGAAAUACACAUGCAGGCCUUGGUCAAUGGAUUCUGUCUGUAUUUACUCAUUUACCUCCAAACACCUCAAACGUACUUCUUCUACUACUUUACAGUCUCAAAUGUCAGUCAAUACAUUUAGAAAGUACUCAGCUUCUUCACUGUACUGUGAUAUCCACUCAUGUUGGGACUUAACUGUCUGUAGAAAUCCUUUUCUCUUUUUUUUUACCAUGUGAAGGAAAAGGCAACCUGUCUAUUAUAACACACAAAGUAAAUAUGGAUCCUUACAUUUGCCAUACCAUUCACCAGGACUAAUGUAUGAACAGAUUAUUACUGAAAAUCCAUGGAGAAAUAUGUUCAUCAUUAGAAUAAAUGUAAAUCAUAAAACUAUUAUGAACAUUAAUGCUGAUGAUAAUGUCAAUAAUAACAUCUUUAUGAUAACCUCGGGCCACUGUUGUUCUUUUUUUUGUGAUUAAUGUGAUUGAACCUGUUGUGAAUAUUGAGCCAAAACUACAAGGAUGGUUGUUAUUUUAACAGAAGAUUUGAAACAGUUGGAUUAGCUGCAUAUACAUAAAUUAAUAAAAAGCA